GUAUCAGCUGAUCUACUCCCUGGACAACGCGAACCACACCUUCUCUGAGAUCGAUGUGCUGGGCGAUUACCUCCAGACCCUGAAGCUCAUGCAGCUGAUGGCCCGCAACAUCAUUGCCCAGCUGUCGGGGGUGCCUGUGUGGACGGAGGUCACAGCCGAGCUGACUGAGCUGGCCGACCAGAGUGGCUGUGUGGAGCACUACAGGUGGCUUUCCUACCUCCUGCUCUUCAUCCUGGACCUGGCCGUCUGCCUCGUCGCCUGCGUGGGACUGGCCAAGCGCUCCAGGUGUCUUCUGGCCUUGAUGCUGUGCUGUGGGCUACUGGCCGUGAUCCUCAGCUGGGCGUCCCUGGCUGCGGACACCGCUGCAGCCGUGGGCACCAGCGACUUCUGCACAGCUCCCGACACCUUCAUCCUAAACAUCACAGAGGGCCGGCUCAGUAAAGAGGUGACCCGUUACUACCUGUAUUGCAAUCAGAGCGUCAGCAGCCCCUUCCAGCAGGUGCUGACCGUCUUCCAGCGCUCGCUGACCACCAUGCAGAUCCAGGUUGCAGGACUGCUGCAGUUUGCUGUGCCCGUCUUCCCCACGGCAGAGAAGGAUCUGCUCAGCAUCCAGCUCCUGUUAAACUCCUCAGAGUCCAGCCUUCACCAGCUGACAGCCUUGUUGGAUUGCCGAGGGCUGCACAAGGACUACCUGGAUGCCCUCACUGGCAUCUGCUACGAUGGCAUCGAGGGCUUGCUCUACCUGGGCCUCUUCUCCCUCUUGGCUGCCCUGGCCUUCUCCACUAUGAUCCGUGCGGGGCUGUUGGCCUGGAAGCACUUCACCACCAGGGACAGAUACUAUGACGACAUCGAUGAUGACGACCCCUUCAACCCCCAGGCCCGGCGCAUUGCCGCCUACAUUCCCCCUCGGGGUCCGCUUCACAGCUUCUGCAGCUACAGCAGCAGCCUGGACAGCCAGACCAGCCUGCAGCCCCCCGCGCAGACUGUCUCCAACGCCCCCGUCUCAGAGUACAUGAACCAAGCUGUGCUCUUCGGUGGGAACCCACGCUACGAGAACACGCCACUCAUCGGAAGAGGCUCCCCUCCUCCCACGUACUCGCCCAGCAUGAGGGCCACCUACCUGUCUGUGGCGGAUGAGCCCCUGCGGCACUACCGCAAUGAGUUUCCAGCCUAACACUCCAGAGGUUCCUGCCUCCUCCAUCUGGUUUGGUUUGUAAUGAAGUCACACGAAAGCUGCAUUUCUUCAAUAGAAGCCAAAGGCCUUUGGGAGCCGUUUGCAGGACUGGAGGCUCCUGAUUCCGCAGAGGAGCCGCCGAGGUUUGGGCAGAAUCAGCCCGGGCUUGGCCAAGGUCCUGACCAAAGCCCCAGGCAGACGGAGGACCCACCACCUGGACCAGCCUCUCCCUCUUCUGGCCUCCUCUCCCCACCAGAAAUGACCCCCAGCUGCUCAGCUGUCCGAGCUGGGAGCUCACUCCUGCAUCUGCCCUCGCCGGUGGGGAAUGGCAGUGAGGAGGGGCCAGGUCAGGCUCCAGGGCCCUGUUGCCAGGACUGUGCCUCCUGCGAGCACAGCCCAGAGCCCAAGCAACACUCUCUGUCUCCUGGCUGCACGGAUGGGUAGCAUUUUCCUGCAGGUGAAGGUGGAAGAGCUGAUCAGGAAAUGCUUUUAAGGAAGGUGGUGUCCCCAGUGAGACCCGACACUCCAAAUCAGUCUCCCAGGGCCUGGUGGCCUCUUUCUGGGCCACAGAGGGAAGGAGCUGGAGAGCUCCUCAUAUGAGGCUGGUGGCUCCAGGGCCCAGGGACUGCAGCCUGGUGCCUGGUGGCUUCUGCAGUGACACCCAGUGGGAAAGCGGGUGAAAACCUGCCCCGUUCUGCCAGCUCUCCACAGCCCACCAUCACCUCACCUCCAUUCCAGACUCAAUGCUGGGAGUUUGUUCACUGCCAAUAGGACGGUCUCAGGUAUUAACAGACACUUUGAAAGCGACUUUAACUCUUUUUUUUCCAGUGUUUUAAAUACUUUGAUUAUCCAAAGACUUGAGCCUCAUAGCAUAUCCAGUUUUUACAAUAGAUUUGGGGCUCACUCCUUUUCAUAUCUUGCUGACACCGGCCCGGUCUUUAAGGAUAUGGGGUGGGGGAGGGGGGUUUUAAACAAAAUAAAGAUCAGUGAGACAUCCUGUCCUAAGCUGCUGUUGGAUGGGAAUGUGGGUUCACCCCACGCCGGGGGAGGCCCUUUAAGGGAGGAAGGAAGGGCAAACAGCAUGCAUGGUCCCGCCCAGGGGAAUGGCCCGGUCCUGGGACGGCUUUCCCGUCCCUUUUGUCUUCAAGCAAGCUUGUCAGUAAAGGUUUUAGCAAAGCUGGACAGCUGUGUCUUGAUACAAAGAGGCGUCUUCCCUACCUCCCCACCACCCUGUCCCCAGCCCGUUGUCCCAGGCCCCCGCACUACCUGCUAGGUGAGAAGGCGCUUGUUAACCAGGAGAAAACAAAGACCCGUCGUUCUGCUCACCCACAGAGAAGCCAGCGUUAGGGUCUUCGGUGUGGCCAACACUGAAGCCCCCACAGCCUCAUGUGCCAAUGCUGGGACGUGGGGUGGCAUGGCUUGGGACAAGGACUCUAUUUCUGUUUUGGAAGAGCCACCUUCUCAUCAAAACACUGACAGCAGAGUGGUUCCCAGCCCCCAGCCAAGCCCCCAUGACACAAUGGGGCCCCAGGGCAGCCCCAGCUCUCACCUGCAUUAACCUGUGCGAACCAAGCACCACAAACGCACCGUUGUGUGGCCACAUCGUGUGCAGAUAAAAACUGAGGCGACAA